AUGAUGUCUUUCAGCGGGACUCCAAUUCAACGACGUCCUUCGGUUCGAGAGUGCGAUCCAACUCCUGAUUUUAGUAAACAAUCUUUGCAGACAAUAUGUGGUGAAUGUUCUUAUGAAGACAAGCAAACAUUUACAAACUGGGCCAAAUGCCAAGCUGGCGGAGUUUCCACAGCGAUGUCCGUAACUUCAGAUACGCGGGACUUCUGUUCUAUAGCAGUAUGCAAUGAUAUGGCGGUAAUGGACGACAAAAAGGGAGAUGUGCUAGCCAAUGAUUACAGUCUCAUCAUCCCGUGGAAAUUGAAUUUUAUCAAAGAGAUUCUCGAUACUUUAAAUGAGUACACAAGGAGCAUUGUGAAAAAACUUGGCAAGGUGAUAUCAAUAACGGGCAGCGUACGACGAAGAUUACGAUGGAAAUUAUACAGAGGAGAUACCUAG